UUUGAUAGUUUUCAAGUAUGUAGGCUUGCUAGCUGUUGACCGUGUUUGUGCGACAAUAAAAAAUAUCCGUAGUAUACACUUUGCAAAUGGGACCGUUUUUCACGGGACGGUUUUCAUUAGGAUACAAUAGUCCUCAGACCAACCAACACACGGCGACAUUUAAUGAUCACACGGGGACAUGGCGUUGCAGUCAGGGGAUAUUUCCAUGAGAUAACCGGGACGUGGGGAGGAUCAUCAUCUCAGCUGGGAAAAGACGAGCCGUGUGGGGAAGCCGGAGGUCCGCGGUAUCCUCGGACCUAAACCCUCGCACUAAGGGAAAUAUGCGGAAACACUAAGCGCCACUGUGGUUUGUGUGUGAGAAUGGACGUCCCAGCCGUCACUCACGUAUAUGACAAUGGCUAUCCCUGGCAGGGUUAUGCGGGGUGGCCCGAGAGUGCCCCCAUAACCAGUACACCAGGGGCAUUUCCCAGCAGCCCCCCAGCUGAGUUUCACGCUCAGUACCAGUCUCCUCACAAUGGCCCAUUCGGUGCUGCUUCUGAAGCCCCUCCACCUUUCUGUGGGACAGGGCAGACUGCACUGCCCUCUUUGCUGAGCCAGCGGCAGCCUGCUUGGACUCCCUCACCGCCCUGCAUCAAUGGUUUGUUUAAUGGGCUUCACCUUGACUCCUCAAACUACACUAUUUUACCAGCAGGAGGCAGCCCACACCUGGACCACAGUGUGUCCAGCCCCAGCUGCGAGUCCCGCUAUGGCCUGGACCCCAAGCUCCUGCCCAGUGCCGUACAGAUUAUGCAGGAUGACAAGGCCGAGUGGGAGGGGAAGGUGUUUGUGUCUGAGCCCACCGGCCCCCUUCCCCCACUGGCCACCACUGACUGCUUGACGGAGGACAGAGGGAGUGCCAGCCCUCACUUCAUCCGCUGCACCUCCUAUGCAUUCCCCAGCCAGGCUGCAGCUGCCCAGCAGAGUUACUUGCCCCUGGGUGCCAUAGUGGCCCCACUGGCCAGACUGAAGGAAACUGAGUGUCCUCUGCCGGUUUGUGUCGCCGCUAUGGACAAGGGGCACAUACCAGACUGUGGUGACUGCGGUGCUCAUAUGUGCCCUUUCAUGGCCUGGCAAGACUGUGGACAGAGGUUUUACUGCCCCUUCUGUGGAAACCUUAAUGAAGUUCCGUGGCAGUCUUACCAGCCCACCAGCUGCCAGGGGAAGCGAGUGGACAGUGAGGAGAAUCCUGAACUAAGCUGGGGAUCAUACGAGGUCCUGGAGAUGCAGAAGGGUCAACCCCCAGGGCUCCUGCUGGCCGUGGACGUGUCAUCUGCUGCAGUCCAAGGAGGACAGCUGGAGCUUGUCUGCCAGCAGCUGCGCACGUUCCUGGGCUUCCUCACCAGGGGUGAAGCUGGGGACCAGUCAGACCUAAGAGUGGGCCUGGUGACCUACGGCAGGAAGGUCCACCUCUAUGACUUAAGCCCCGCCCUGUCUCGCCCUCAUAUGAUGGUUGUCAUGGAUACGGAGGAGCUGGAGCUGCCCAUGUGGUCGGGGCUUCUUGUACCACUAAAAGACUGCAGGGACAGCCUUGACAGCGUUCUGCAGCAGGUCCCCCGCCUCGCCAUGGAAGCAGAGGACAACCCCGGGUCCCAGGAGCUGCCAAUCCGUGCAGCACUUCGGAUCUUCCAGGCACUGGGGUGUCCCGGCAAGCUGCUGGUCUUCCAUGCGGCACCGCCAAGCGAAGAGGCACUCACACGUGGGCCCUCGGGAUUCUUACGCUCUGCGAAACCCAAGUCCGUGUUCCAGCCGCCGGAUGCUUGCAUUUCAUUGGCUAAGGAGUGUGUCAGUCAAGGCUGCUCCGUGCACCUCUUCCUGUUCUUGCAGCAGGAUGUGGGCGGUGCAUGGCCAGGACAUACCACGCAUUUCACAGGGGGAGGAUUCUUCCCUUAUAACGGCCUUCAGUCAGAGGUAGACAGGGAGCAGCUAAAUCGUGACCUGAGGAGGUGUGUGGAGACCAAUACGGCCUACAAAGCUCAGCUCAGAGUUUUUGUCAGCAAAGGCCUGCGUGUGUCUGGCUGUUACGGCGCAUUCAUACCGGGCCCUGAUCCCGCCCACAUCUCCAUGGCUGCCCUCGACUGGAGCACGGCUUUAGCUCUGGAAUUCAGUCACGACGGCCCGCUGGAUGACGGGAGGGGCGUGGUCAUACAGGCUGCUCUGUCAUACACUAACGCCAAGGGGGAGAGGAGGACGCAGAUCCACAGUAUGAGUGUGAAUUGCUCGAACAACCUGCUGGACACCUUCCGUAACUGCCAGGCUCAGACGCUACUAACAUUCUACUGCAAGAAGAUGUUUGCCAGAGCUCUGGAGCGCCCCCCACAGGAGCUACGUGAGGAACUGCAGGUGGAAGUGACCCGAGCGUUGGCCUGCUACCGGAAGCACUGCUGCUCCAGUGUGGUCACACAUGGUCAGCUGGUGCUGCCUCAGUUCCUGAAGGCCUUCCCAGUCUACCUGAACAGCCUGCGCAAGAGUGAGGUGCUGCUUCCCGGGCUGCGCAGCUCCAUCCCCCAGCGUCUGCAGCUGCGCAGCCGUCUGGUCAGCAUGGACGCCAGGAGUACGGCCCUGCACUUUUAUCCACUGCUGCUCCAACUGCCAGUCCCUGCUGAGGACUGUGCCAAUCUCGCACCGGCCGAGCCCGUGCGCUGCAGUGCCAGCAGCCUGGACCCGGCGGGACUCUACCUGGCCCACGGGCCCCUGGUGCUGCUGCUGUGGGUGGGCCGCUGUGUGAGCCCCGGGGCCUUAAGACAGCUCUUCAACAUCACCUCCUUCUCCCUGCUGCCCCCUGGUGAGGCUUGUCUACCUGUGCUGGACACGCCCCUCUCCAUAAGCGUGAGGAGCCUCGUCCAGACACUGCGGUCACACGCACCUCAUUCGCUCAAGCUGGUGGUGGCCAAACAGGGAGAAGUCAGUGAGGAGGUUAUCCAGCCCUUACUAGUGGAGGACAAGAGUCCAAACGGUGGGGCUUCCUACCCAGACUUCCUGUACCACCUGCACGUUAACUCAAUGCGCCUGCUGCUGUGAAAACACAGCUCUCUCCAGUGUUGAACAACCCUGCAUUUUAUCCUUACUUUAAAUAUACCCCCCAUAUAUUUGGUUUAAGAAGUGCUCAUUUUCAAAUCUGUCUAAUUUAACAAGAAACACUGGAACAGUACAGUGUUGUCAAAUCUCAGUAUGUGGAAGGUAGGACAGUCAUGCAAGAACAAAGCAAUAAUUAAAUAUUUGCAUUUUUACCAAUUAUUUUUCUAACAUACAAGUCCUUUGUAACUAAAUGUUGAUGUCAUUUCCACCUACAAAAUACUACUGUGUUCUACAUGGGAAAUCAGAAUGAUUCCUUGGUUCCAUCAUCUUACCACCUGUGCUGCAUGUCCACAACGGAAUAAACCAACCAUUCGGAUGUCCCUUA